GGAGGCCGUGCCGGAGGCGGGCGGCGCGGGCUGGCGCUGGGUGGCGGCGGCCGAGUGUCGCAGACACGCGCGCGCCUCGCAGACGCUCGAGUUCAACGAGCGCGCCGCGCGCCUGCCGCGCCUGCCGAGACUGCCGCACGGUACACGCUACACACACGCACACCGAGUGGGACACUACAUGCAAAGUUCAGGUGGAAAGGGUGGGAGGACAGGAGCCUUCUUUUAGGGUGGGUGGAGAGGAGAAGGAAAUGAAAUGUUCGUGAGCCUUUAUAGGCCGCAAUGUAAAUAUACAACCGAGAGAUAUACACAUUAAGCUAUGUGCCUAAAGCCGCGGCAAAAUUCCCCUAGUGCAAGGGUGUGCAUUCAUUGUGGAGACCGAAGGUAUAAGUAUUGCCCCGAGAAGAGUUGAUAAAUAAGUAAUAACAUCGUGAUUGAGUGGUUUCGUGGUGGAUUCAUGUGGUUCCAUUCGUGUGUAGGGACGAUGCCACGCGCAGGCGGCGCGGGCAUGUCAGGAUCUGCGGGCGCGUCAGCGACGGCGGCGGCGCCAGGGACGGCCGCGGCGGCGACGGGCGCGUCGGCCGUGUCGCCCCUGCGCGUGCAGGUGCAGGGCGCGCGUCUGUCGUCGUCGUGCGGCACCAUCGAUCUGCCGUUGGAGCUGCCGCCGUGUGUGCUGCUGCUGCAGCGGUGCGCGCCGCCCGCAGUGCCGCCCGCCGCGGUCGCGCCGCGCCCCUCCUGCUCGUACCACCUGCUGCCCGAGAGCCACCGCGGCGCGCCGCUCCACUACCCGCAGCGUGUGCCGGUGUGCGCUGUGCAGGAGGAGGCGGACACGACGGACGCGUGCUCGACGAGCUCGACGGCGCCGUCGCCCUCGCCGCGCUCGGACGAGUCGCUCGGCUCGCCGGAGGACGACGCCGCGCCCGACACGCUCGACCACUUGGACCGCGACAGCGCCGAGGACGACUGAACACUUGCACGCACCUACACACGUACACACUCGCACACACACACGCGCACCACCGAACAAAAAUGUGAAUCUCUAAUUGAAUAUUCUAACGCAUUCCAAAUCGUGUAAGAUGUACAGCUGACGCAAAUUGUUAUGACCGGUCUGAACUACGUCAUAUUACCUGCCUUCUACAGGUCACCCCCCAGUCACCACAAACAAUAAUUGUGAAGCGACUUGUGAUUCGUAACUAACUUUAGGCCAAAACGAUUCGCGUCAGCUAUUUAAUAUAUAUAUUAUAGUGAACGUACGAACAUGUUGCGGACGUCUCUGUGAGGCGCAACCUCACCGCGACACGUUCAUGCAUAGGUAUUAUAGUCUAUUUUGAAUACAUUAAAAAUGGUAGUGUAGGGUCGCUCUUUGUAAAUGUUACUAUUUUUCUAUUGUUGAAAGUAGCUUGUGAUAUUAUGUAGCGUAGCGGGCGGAGGGCCCGUUUCUCGCGUCUCUCUAUUGAGCGGAUUGUAUACUAGAAUAAAUGUAAAGCUGUUAGAUUUUCAAA